UUUCAGACCUGGACUCACUGUCCGCUGUCUGUCCAACCUGGACUUCCACUUCACUCUUCGUUUCUUUUUACGCCAUGAAAACGGGUGUUUCUUGAAAUCUUUGAUGGUUUAGGAGAUCUACUGAUAAAAUAUUGUGUCUAAAGAGGCUAGAUGUGUUGUGCUACGGUGCAAAAUGGGCUCAGGGGAUGAAAAUACACCUGCUAAGCCCUCAAAACCAACUGCUUCAACUCAGGAGACACCUACAACACCUUUGUAUCCUGAUUGGUCAACUCCUUUGCAGGCAUACUAUGGUCCUGGUGCUACUCCACACCCCUUUUUCACCUCACCUGUUUCUUCUUCUCCAACUCCCCAUCCUUAUCUUUGGGGAAGUCAGUUUUUUCAGCAUUUAAUUCCACCAUAUGGAACCCCACUUCCAUAUCCUGCUCUAUAUCCUCAUGGAGGACUUUGUGCUCAUCCUAACAUGGCUAUGCAGUCUCAGGGUGCACCACCACCAGCUGCAGAGAUGGAAGGAAAGUCCCUUGAUGGAAAAGACCGGACUUCAACAAAGAAGUCGAACGGAAGUUCAGGAAAUACUGGUGGCAAGCCUGGAGAAAGGGGGAUGGCUGCUUCUGGUUCUGGAAACGACGAUCCUUCACCAAGUAGUGCUGAAAGUGGAAGUGAGGGUACAUCAGCUGCAAGUGAUCAGGAUACUAACCAGCAAGAGCUUACUGGGAAUAAGAAGAGGAGCUUUGGCCAGAUGCUUGCAGAUGGUGCAAAUGCACAGAACGCCAAUAUGGCUCAAUACAGUGGUGUACCUGUUGAAUCAUCUUUCAGUACAAGGGAGCAACCUGCUGCAAAUGUUGCAGUUUCAGUGCCAGGAAAGCCAGGAAAGUCUGUGGUAAUUAGGCCUGCAACUAAUUUGAACAUAGGAAUGGACCUUUGGAAUACAUCCUCUGGAGGUGUGCCCUUGAAGACAAGACCAAAUGCAUCCGGUGUCUCACCAGUAGUGGCUCCAGCACCAGUGGUUGGACGGGAGGGGUUUGUAGCUGAACACCUCUGGAUUCAAGAUGAACGUGAAUUGAAAAGGCAGAGGAGGAAGCAGUCUAAUCGGGAGUCAGCGAGAAGGUCAAGAUUACGCAAACAGGCUGAAUGUGAAGAGCUACAAUCGAAGGUGGAGGCACUAUCAAAUGAAAAUCGUGCACUCAAAGAUGAGCUGCAAAGGCUUGCUGAGGAAUGCACAAAGCUAACAUCUGAAAAUAGUUCCAUAAUGGAAGAGCUGACUCGUUUGUAUGGACCAGAUGCAGUAGCUAAUCUAGAAACUAAUAAUACAAAGACAGUUAUUAAUUCUGCAAAAGGUGACGGAGGCGGCAAUGUACAAGAUACUUCAAGGGGAGGUGGCUCAGUUCCUGGUCAGAAGGAAGGGAAUUUCUUUAACUCUAAUGGGAAGCUUGAUUUAGUUUCUAAUUAACACAAAACAUCUUUUUGUUAUAGUACUAAUUUUUAGAGCCUUAACCCUUACUUUUCUGUCCCGACUGAUUGACUGUCUUAUGUAUUUAGAAUCUCUUCAAAUCCAGGAUACUAUGUAUGUACAUUGUUGUAAAAUCAAACUGGGUGUUAGAUGUUGUACUGUUCUGGACUAAUGGUUAUAUAGCAAGUUUCCUUUCUUUGG